AUGUGUGACCUGCUGUGGAGUGACCCCGAGGACAUCGAGGGCUGGGGCCUCAGCCCCCGCGGCGCGGGCUACCUCUUUGGCGGCGACGUCUGCGGCCAGUUCAACCAGGCCAACAAGGUCUCCCUCAUCGCGCGCGCCCACCAGCUGGUCAUGGAUGGCUACAAAUGGAUGUUCCACGACGCAUUAGUCACAGUCUGGUCCGCCCCCAACUACUGCUACCGCUGCGGCAACAUCGCCGCCAUCCUGGAGCUGGACGAGCACCUGGCCAAGAACUUCAAGGUCUUCGAGGCCGCGCCGCAGGAGGCACGCGGGGCGCAGUCCAAGAGGGCGGCGCCAGAGUAUUUCCUGGUGCGGAUUGCGAUGCGGAGGGGGGCUGGCUUGUUUGCUGCGCUUUGA